ACGGCCACUCCCCGACGCCCCGACUCCCUCCCCUUCGUCGCUCCUCGUUCGGAACCCUAGGGGGCCGGCAGCUGGCGGCGGCAAGCACCGCGGCGGAGCUUGCGGGGCAGCAGAGGGCGGCCCAGCGACGCGCCAGGGUGCCAGCGCGUGCACCGCAGGUGCGGAGAGCGGGGCCGCAGGGGGCUCCGCGGCGGCCGAGCGCCAGCGCCGAAGGUGCUCCGUGGCCGGCGGGCAUAGCGGUCUACGGCAUCGACUCCAUCCCUCUUCCCUCUGCGCCUUCGAUCGUUCUCCCUUCUCUGCUCCGGGCUCAGCACAGGCGCGCGGCAAGUCAGCAACUUAGUUACUGAGAUGACUAGAUGGGAUGAAAUUUUGACUCUUCCAGUUCAGAACCCACCCACAUUGGAGUUCUCAGCUGCAGAUAUCAUGUGGUCCAUGGUGGAAGGCUGGAAGGAUUCUAUGGACAGGCUUGCACUUAUACCAUAUUCUAGGGUGAAUGACUUUGUCAGAGGAGAGUCGAACAACAAAGAUUGCCCAACAAGAUUUCAUGUUGAAGCACGGAGAAGGCGUCCUCCGACAAUGAAAUGCAAGCCAAAAGUUGAUGGGAUACUUGAGUAUAUUCUGUAUUGGUGUUCUUUUGGUCCAGAUGAUUAUAGAAAGGGUGGUGAUGUCCGGCCUAGCAGGCCCUUCUCAGAAAAGAGGAAAACACCUGCUGGACGCCCUAAUACAAAGAGAGGAUGUGCUUGCCAUUUUAUUGUGAAGCGCUUGAUUGCUGAACCAUCUGUGGCUCUUGUGAUAUAUAACCAUAAUAAGCAUGUAGAUAAGAAAGGCAUGCCAUGCCAUGGUCCUAUGGACAAGAUGGCUGUAGGGACAAAGGCAAUGUUUGCACCAUACAUAUCAGAUGAGCUUCGCCUGCAAGUUAUGUCUUUGCUUUACGUUGGUAUUCCUGUGGAGACCAUAAUGCAGAGGCAUAAUGUAAUGGUUAAAAAGCAAGGAGGGCCAUCAAAUAGAGAUGAUCUUCUUACUCACAGAUAUGUUAGGAGACUGGAAAGGAAAAUACGGCGUUCUGAUUAUGAGCUUGAUGAUGAUGACACUAUUAGUAUUGCCAUAUGGGUUGAAAAUCACCAGGAGUGCGUAUUCUUCUAUGAAGAUUUUUCAGAUACAGGCACCUUUGUCCUGGGCAUUCAGACGGAUUGGCAGCUGCAGCAAAUGAUUCAGUUUGGUAGCCGUAGUUUACUGGCUUCUGAUUCAAAGUUUGGAACAAACAAGCUAAAGUAUCCUGUACACAGCAUCCUUGUUUUCGACCAGCAGAAAAAUGCAAUUCCUGUUGCGUGGAUUAUAACCCCCAAUUUUGCACAUGGUGAAAUUUAUAAAUGGAUGGGCGCUCUUUAUGACCGAGCUCACACAAAAGAUCCUACAUGGCAAUUGGGUGGCUUUAUUAUUGAUGAUCCCUUGGCAGAUGUUCGCACAAUAAGGGAAGUGUUCCAGUGCCCUGUGCUGAUCAGUUUGUGGCGUAUCCGGCAUGCUUGGCAUAAAAAUUUGGUCAAUAAAUGUUCAGACAUUGAGAAGCGUUCAGCAAUGGCCAAAUUUCUUGGAGAUGCUAUAUCCAGUGUAUGUAGAGGAAGUGGUAAUGUUGAAUUAUUUGAAGCCUUUCUACAAGAUUUUGUUGAUUGUGCUGGGUUUCUAGACUACUUCAGAGCUCUAUGGUUUCCAAGACUUGGGGCAUGGACAACUCUCUUAAAGGCCACUCCAUUGGCUAGUGCAGAGGUAGCUUCGGCAAUCGAGAGCUACCAUCACCUGCUAAAACUUCGGCUACUGAAUGAGGCAGAUAAAAGUGUCUACUGGCGUGCAGAUUGGUUGGUUCAUAAGUUGGGUACAAAGGUCCAUUCUUACUACUGGCUUGAUGAAUACUCAGGAAAGGACAGCUUUUCACGUUACUGGAGGAGUGAGUGGAGCAGUGGCCUAAACUCAUGGCGCCGGGGAUUGCAGAUUCCAGAUUCUGAUGUUGUCAUUGAAGGCAAUUGUGCCAGAGUGGUCAGCCAGAAGAAUAAGGAGAAGUCCCAUGUCGUAUGGAAUCCAGGUUCUGAGUUUGCGUUGUGCGAUUGUAACUGGUCAAGGAAGGGGUACCUUUGCAAACAUGCAAUAAAGUCGACCAAGGUCUGCCGUGACAGGGGAUUGGCACCGCCAUCGUUAGCCCUGUUCCGCUAUUACCAGGCACUGGCAAAUAUUGUUCAUUGCCCGCCCAGUGAUACUGUGAUUAGUGACCAUGCAAUGGCUGUGGCUGUUUCUGUUAAGACACAGUUAGAUGCAGUGAUUUGCACCACUAAUUGUAGCUCUUCAAAUAGGCCAGUUUUCCAGGAUCCACAAUUAGCCAGUAAGCCAAGAGAAUCUAAAAUUGAGGAAACCAACAGUGAGAAUGGUGUGUGCACAAGUCAAUCCAAGGCUGCUUCUGGUGAUGAAGAAGAAGUACCCAUAAAUCAGGGCAGUCCAGCUCGCAAGAAAAGAAAGUCAGGGAAUGCUAAUGGCAACAGUGAAGAUGUUUCAACAUAUCAGGACGGUCCGGCUCGCAAGAAAAGGACGUCAGGAGAAGCUUCUGAUAAUGAUGAAGAGGCUUCCACAGAAGAGGACAGCCAGGUUUAUGAGAGAAGCAAGUCUGGAAAAGACUUGGCUGAUAACGAAGAGGUUUCCUUGGAUCAAGGCAGUCCAGAUCAUGAUAAAAAGAAAGCCGGGAGAAGCUUGGACGAUGAAGGAACUUUGGCGACACAAAUCGCGCAACCGUCUGAGACAGAAAGCAGCCAAGCCAUCGUUGGACUGAACGAGUCUUCAGUCGAUGCUAGAUUAGCUGAAGGGGCAAGUGGGACAUGACUUUUCAUGAGUGUUAGGUUAGGUUGUCCCCCCCCCCCCCCCCCCCCCCCCUUGAUGCACCUAGAUCUUGAUGCUUGUAAAUUUCGAGCUACUGAAAAUAUUGGUCAGAUUAGGUUGAUUCAAUUGCUGAAUUAGCUAGCAGCUGCAUCUGUUUACCAAGCGUGGAAGGCAGCAUAAACAUGUUACCCUUAUGACUGAGGAGAUCGUGUAAAGUAUGUAGGCAACAACAAUGACAGGUUACAUUCUAACUGUUGGUACAACGUCGAAGGCAAUAAUUUGCUAACCUUGUGAAA